UCCCUCUAAUGCCCUCGAUCCUCAAAUUCACACGCCCACUGAAGUCAUCCUCCCUCUCCCCCAAUCCGCCGCCGUCACACCACCGCGGCGCCGCCGGGAAGAUCGCCGCCGCUCCGCCAUUCCACCGCCACCCCCGAAGGCCGCGUGAGCGGGAGACGAGCAGCGGCGGCGAGCAAGCAACAAUAGGACGGACGGACGGACGGACGCCGUUCAGCGCAGCCCAUAGCACCUACGAAACUCCCCAGGAAAUCGGCAAGUGCCCAUCUUCUCUUCUGGGUACGUGCGUUUUUCGUUCUUUAUGCGCCGACUUACCAGGCAACAGAUCUUUGAGAACCUGUCGGCUAUCUGGACGAAUUCCAGAAAUCAUCGGCACAUUUUCUAAGUUGAAAUAGCCGGGGAGCUUCCUGCGAAUGUUGUGGGUCAAAGCCUCAACGCCAUGUAUGUUUCCCUGUCAUGGCGAUUCAAACUUGAAGACAUUGCCCGUGCGUGUAUGUUCCGAGCUGCAUUAUACUCGAAUCUCUGUUUACAUUUCUGGGUUUUGUUCUUUAGUUUCCGUUCUUCUUUGAUUUAUAUCUCUUUCGGAGCUCGUGCUUGGUCCUUUUGUCUCCUGUAUAAGGGUCUUUACUGUGUCGGAAUUGGGCUCGAGCGUGUAGUCUAUCGUGGUGCUCUUGAUUGUUCAACUUGUUAGUUCUGGCAACAGUUGGCAUUUUCUUGCAUCCACCAUGUUUUUUCUUUUCUGUUUUCUAUUGCUAUAUGGACUUUGCCGCUUUCAUGAAUUUUUCGGAGAUUUUGUUUCUAUGGUGCAAAGAUUGGGCAUAUGAUGGUUUACACUUGAUCUCUGAACUUCAGGUAAGUUCGCAUGUUUGACAAGUUUACAUGCUGAUGCUUUGCGUCUUUGCACCUUCGUGAGGAGCUCAAUUUGGAUCAUUUUGCCGAUUCUGUUUUGCUCGAAUCAGUAGCAAACAGAGGAAGAAAUAGAGAAAACAAGUAAAGGGUGGAAUGGAGAAGCUUUGACCUAUAUUUCUUGUCUAACAAAAGAUCAUUUGAAUGCUUAGGAAGGUUCAACAGAAUUGACUUAUGUCCCCUUCAGCAAAUGGUAGGAAAGCAGCAUGGGAUGGGAUAUGCAGUAGAUGACCUUUCCACAACAGCAACAUGGAUCCAGUGAUGCCCCAUAAGAUAAUUUCUAAUCAUAUGAAAGCAUUGUAGGGCACAGUGUAGCUUUGCAAGCUAAACGCUGUUCACAUGGCAUUUCAAUUUUGGUCUCAUCAGCUUGUGUUACUUCGGGUGCAUUAUAAUGGUGGAAGACAUGUUCGCAUGCCACACCUGUUUUCCUCUAUAGCAUCAUUUUCUAGUAUAACGCCUGGUGGUCCUUUGAAUCACUACCAUAACGAAUUAUGUAAUAGUUAUAAAGCGAAGCAUCGCUGCCCUGCCGAUGAGAAUAACAUUCUCAAUGAACUAUCUGAUUUGUUGCCAAUAAGUUGGCCUAAUGCUGUUUCCAAUGUGUGUAAUGAUGAUCAUGUAAAGAAUAAGAUGGGAAGCAGAGAGCAUCAUGGCUUCUUAUCCCCUGAAGAGAAAUUCCGGGGGGUUUUUCUUCAAAAGCUGAGAGGCAAAACUGCCGUGGAACAUGCUUUGACAAAUGUUCCUACUGAUUUGAAUAUUGACAUUGUCGCUAGAGUUGUGAAUCGAGGGAACUUAGGAGGAAAAGCUAUGACAGUGUUUUUCAAAUGGGCGCUUAAACAGCCUACAAUUAGUGCGGACACUCAUAGCUAUAAUGUGAUUCUGAAAGCACUCGGAAGAAGGAAAUACUUUGGUUUUAUGGAGGAGAUGAUGCAUGAAAUGAAAUCAAAUGGUACAACUGCCACCUUAGAGACUCUUUCAAUUGUAAUGGACAGUUUUGUGCGUGCUCAUCGAGUGAACAAAGCAAUAGAACUUUUUGGCAAGCUGGAGGAGUUUGGAUUGGAACGUGAUACAGAGUCUUUAAAUGUGCUUUUGCAAACGCUAUGCCAACGCUCCCAUGUGGGUGCUGCCAACUCGCUUUUGAAUUCUGUGAAGGGGAAGGUACCAUUUGACACGACAACUUACAAUACUAUCAUACGUGGGUGGUCAAGGAUGGGUAGAGUCGGUGACAUUGACAAGAAUUUGGAGGCAAUGGCAGCAGAUGGAUUUGCACCGAAUUGUUUGACUUUUGGACAUCUCAUUCAGGGUUUGGGGAGAGUUGGUCAGAUUGAUGAUGCCGUCCAUAUUUUUGAUGGAUUGAAAGAGAAAGGUUAUGAUCCUGAUGUGAGUGUCUACAAUGCCAUGAUUUAUAAUUUUGCAAUCAUUGGGGAUUUUGAUGCAUGCAUCAAGUAUUAUAGGAGCAUGCUGAGUGAAAGAUGCAAUCCUGAUUUGGACACAUACAAAAGUUUGAUCAAUUCCUUUCUUAAGUUUCGAAAAGUGGCUGAUGCUCUGGAAAUAUUUGAUGAGAUGUUGAGUAGAGGGCUUGUUCCCACUACUGGGAUGGUAACCUCAUUUAUUGAACCUCUGUGUGGUUAUGGUCCACCUUAUGCUGCAGUGACGAUCUAUAAGAAGGCAAGGAAAGCCGGAUGCAUGGUGUCUCUGAGGGCUUACAAGUUGCUACUCAUGCGGCUUUCUAGAUUCGGUAAAUGUGGAAUGCUGUUGACUAUAUGGGAUGAAAUGCAAGAGGCUGGUCAUUUAUUGGAUGCGGAAGUUUAUGAGUACAUUGUCAAUGGGCUCUGCAACAUAGGACAGCUGGAAAAUGCAGUGCUUGUCAUGGAGGAGUGUCUCCGCAAGGGUUUUUUCCCUUGCAGGCGUAUUUAUAGCAAACUAAACACUAAAUUAUUGGUUUCAAACAGUGUAGAGAAAGCUUACAAGCUGUUUUUGAAGAUUAAAGAUGCUCGCCUCCAUGAUAAUGCAAGAAGAUACUGGCGUUCUAAGGGAUGGCAUUUUUGAGUUUGCUUAUGGUUUAGGUGUACCAGAACAAUACUUCCUUUUGCUUCUCAGGCAGAUUCUUGUCAAUGGGAAGGAGAUUAUUGUCCAGAAUGCUUAAAUUUUCUGGCAUGGUUGGGUCAACAUCCUGAGAGAUCAAACAAAGUACAUCAAUAUUGCAGCUUUCUGCUCUAUAUUACCAUGAAAUGGAUCUUCUUCAAAUUCAUUUUUUGGAGGUUGUUUAUUUUCUGCAAAACCCUCUCCAUCUAAAGAAGAAUCUUCUGCACUAACUAAUCCAACUGUUAACGCCCCUCUCUCCUCUGCUGUAACUUUAGUUUCUGAAAGCCAACCUUAUGUGAGGCCCAAUGCACUGAAUGCUUUGCGGAGGUCAUUCUCUAUACUUUCUUCUAGCAGUGAGGUUCAACGUCCCUAUAUGCUUUCAAACCCAUGAGAGCAGGUUCCAUCAGGUUCCAUCUCUAGGUUCUUCCUCAUUUGCAUCGCCUGGAACUUCAGUUGGGGUAGCUAAUUCUUCUUCCAGUGAUAAUCAGCUUCCUUGGCCAAAGAUGAAGCCUUCUGAUGUUAAAAAGUACAUGAAAGUGUUUAUGGAAGUAGACAUUGACAGAGAUGGGAAGAUUACUGGCUAGCAGGCUUGCAACUUAUUUCUGAGUUGGAAGCUACCAAGAGGUAUCUGAGGAUAGAUGUAAGGUAUCAUUGGGCCCUUAAACCAGCGGGAAAUCUUCAUCGACAACCAGGGACUCGAGCCAGCAGCAGAAGAUCCAAUGGUCAUGACUGGGCGUGCAAAGAUAGCCGAUGUGCACUCAAUGAUUGGUUCAGCUUCAGAUUGUCUAGCAAGUUUUCAUCCUCAACGAGAGGACUCGGAGCCGGGAGUACAAGACCUGAAACAUGCAAACAGCGACAUCUGUGACGGGUACUAAAUGAUAGCUCUGUCUAGUUUGAAAUGACAGGCAGUUGCUUUUGCCAGUGGCCGAAGCUGAACCAGAUGAGGAGGCAUAAGCCGAAACCGAGUCCCAAGAAGAGACGAACACGAAACGAGAACGUGUUUAUGGCAACAAAACAUUCGGGGCUUGGUGUCAUUUUCAUGUUGAAAUCUGGGUCCACUUCUUCUACACAAACAUAUCCCCAGUAGUUGGAAAAGCAUGUGUGUUUACUUUAGGACACACCUGCACUUGCCGGACAUAUAUGAUAUCGGGUUUCCGGUUUUGCUUCGGAAUUUUAGAGCAGGAACCGCGAGUUUAGAAACACGAUAUGCAGUUGCUUUGAUGCUUCAGUUAUUCGUCCGUUGAGGUUUGGACUGACCAUGCUUUCUCAAGGACAAUAACAAUCUGCUUGGUUUCGAAAAGCAUCAGAGAAUCAUGCGAUAUCACAUGAUCCACUCUCAA